UCUGCUUGUUCAAGCAGACGCGGAAUAUGGCCGGCAGUCUGAGCGAAUGGGGAGCGUCCCUGGCCACAUCGCCACCGGACGUCUGCGGCGGUCAGUCGCCGGACGAGCUGCUUGGCAUACCGCCCAACCCGCCUCCCAUCCCGCAACCAAAUCCACCGGCAUCAGCAGCUGCAGAAGCGCCAGAUGACGACCCACUUGAGGAUGAAGAUGAGGAGCUCUCCUUGGGAUUUGGCCUUCUGCAGAGGCUGCCAAGGGUCAACUUCCAGCGCUCUUCGCCCAUCGAGGAGUCGCCGCCGCGCAGACAGGCCUCAGCUGCGAAUGGUGUUGUGAGAGAUGGGGAGAGAGAGGUGGAAGGAGAGGGGAUGGACGAGCAGGGGAGGAGCCUGGGGUGGGGCGACGUCAUCAUGCCGGGAGAGGACGAUUUCCCGGAUGAUGAGCGGGGGAACACGAUGGUACGCACGGCCAUGCGCCCGAGAAAGAAGGGCAUUUAGUGUGUGUGUGUGUGUUGCUGGUGUUGUGCAGACUGAUACGUACAUUCAGCGCUAUGUGCCGAGCCAGGCAUUCAAUGGUCAGCCAUCCAUUCACCGCAAAAGGGCACACAUCCAUCCAUCCGUCCCGGAUCUCAUGUGCCCUUCUGUGUGUCAGAUGGGCCGCUGGUCGUUGCGAAGGAGCCCGCCGCUCCUCUCGAGGCCUUCGACUCGCCUGCUGCCCAAAAUGACGGCAAUGAAAUCACCAACUCGAUGAUCAUGGUAGCGCGCAGCAAGACUGCUUCAACGAGCAAAUGUAAUGGCCGUAUCCCCACGUUCAGACGUCGCAGUACAUAGCACAGCAUCAGCCCACCCAGGGCUUCGAUGACAUCCAGCCGCGCGAGAAGCCUGCUGACAGCGAGUUGAUGCCGCCCCCGCCCCCUCUUUUCCCCUCGUCAAUGCCCGAAUCACAAAAACAGGAGGAGCCUUCGGCUGGCAACAUCUUGGUACGAGAGCUGCAUGCUGGCCUUCUCUAUGCAUGUCUGUGUGUGUGCGUGUGUGUGUGUGUGUGGUGUCGUUCAGACCACUCAGGCAAUAGCGCAAUAUCAGCCAAGUCCAGCAUACAACGAUGUCGACAUGGCCCCACCCCAGCACCUCUCCUCCCAGCCACCCGCGGCUCACUCUGCCAUCGGGCAUCAUGACGACCAGGAGCCCCCUGAUGAGGGACCUUCAGCCAGCAAUCUGCUGGUGAGGAUGAGAGCAUGCUAGUCUUCUCAUGUAUACAUGCCCCUGCCUGUCUCUCUUGUGUGUGGUUUCAUUCAGACCACUCUGGCAGUAGCCAACUACCAACCGAGCCCAGCAUAUAACGAUGUCGACAUAGUGCCUCCACUCAUCUACCCCCACCAGGUCCCACCCCCACCGCCUCCUCCUCCUCCCCAGCAGCUCUCUCCCCAGCCACCCGCAGCCCACUCUGCCAUCAGAAAUCACGACGACCAGGAGCCCUCUGAUGCGGAGCACGGGGAGCCCUCAGCCAGCAAUCUGCUGGUAAAGACGAGAGCUGCAUGCUGGCCUUCUCGUGUACGUAUAAGUCCUGCCUCUGUGUGUGUGUGGUGUCAUUCAGACGACUAUUGCAAUAGCAAACUACCAGCCGAGUCCGACAUACAACGAUGUCGACAUACCCCUCCCUCCCUCACCCCGGCAGCUCUCCCCCCAGCCACCCGCAGCCCAUUCUGAUCACAUCAAAGACGAGCAGAGUGAUCGUCACGACAACAACCAUGAGGCCCCUCACGCACAUGAGCAGCCGUCGGCCGAUGUGCCGUUGAGGGAGAGGCCACGGCGCCUGAAGCGCAAGCAGCUCGGGAACGUCGAGAGCGCCCAGGCUGCAGCGGCGGCCUCGGGUGAGGGAGAAGGGGAGAGGGCUGCUGUGGGCAUCCAGGGGAUGAGCCCCCAGGUGGGCCCUGAGGCGUCACCAUCGCCCGUCGACCACAAGAAGGCCGAGGGAGAUAGUCAGCACGGCGACAGUGAGGAGGUCCUCGACCUGGGCAAUGAGCCACCGGCUGAACGGCAGCCACACAGCAGCGUGAGGCCACGUCGAGUGGUUCUGUCGAAACGGUCGAGAGAUGCCGCUGGGAGUGCCGAUGACGCGCAGAGGGAUGAAGGGGGAGGGGGAGAGGAGAGGGCGGCUUCGGCUGCGGCGGCUGCUGCUGCUGGUGGUGGGGGUGAUGGCGGUGCGGGUGGGGGGUGGGGCAGUGACCACACGUCUGUUGCAGACGAUAGCCAGCAGAGUGAAGAGAUGCUAGCCUAUGAUAUAGGAGGAGCGGGGAGGGACCCCCCGGGGCAUGACUCGUCGAGGCCGCUCGCUGAAGCGGCCAGGAAGGGCGGAGGCAAAACCAAGCCCAUCACGCCCAAGCCUCUCGCCACAUCCAGCAGUGCAGGUACGCACACAUCGAUGUGUCUUCCUCUCUGUGUAUCUUCGUCUCUGUGUGUCUGUGUGUGUGUGUGUCUCAGGUGGUGCUCACAGCAGCAGCCAAGGGUGGCUGACGAAGAAGCGUGCUAAGGUGACGCCCAAGGUGGCGCCGCUGUCGCUGGGCCCUUCCCGCAGCCCGCGCAACAAGCAGUCGACGCUCGAUGGGUUCGUGGUGCGGAUCGACAAGAACAAGACAGAAGAGGACGGGCAGCAGGGGAGAUGACAG